CAAUUGUCUUUAGUGUUUGAGUUUAUUCCACAAAGAAGCAACCAUGAGUAAUGCUGUUUCAAGUGAAAGUCCAAGUCCUACCAGGCUUAAGGGGAAAUUUAUAGGUAUUCUUGUUUGUUGGAUUCUGGGAUUUGGGUCACUCAUUGCUUGGAAUAGUUUAAUGAGCAUAGGAGAUUACUACUAUGCACUGUUUCCUAACUAUCAUCCUUCAAGGGUACUCACCUUAGUGUAUCAGCCAUUUGCACUUGGAACAAUAUUAAUUCUUGCAUAUAAUGAGGCAAAAAUUGAUACAAGAAAGCGCAUCUUAGCAGGAUUUACUCUUUAUACCUUAAGCACACUCACGCUUAUACUGGUAUGUUCUGCUUUUGUCAUUUUCUGGUCAAUAUUUUGUUCACCCUUUCAGAAUCUCUUGUUUUUUUUCCCCACUGCUUUCCAGUUGGAUUUGGCAACUUCUGGUACGGGUGGAAUAGGAAAUUACAUUGGUGUAUGUGCUAUAGUAGGUUGUUUUGGAGUUGGGGAUGCUAUUGUUCAAGGUGGAAUGACUGGAGAUUUAUCCUUCAUGUGUCCUGAGUUCAUUCAAUCGUUUUUCUCUGGUCUUGCUGCAUCUGGUGCAGCUACGUCUGGUUUAAGGCUAAUGGCCAAGGCAGCUUUUGAAAACAGUAGCAACGGUCUACACAAAGGAGUUAUGUUGUUCCUUGCCAUCUCCGUAUUAUUUGAAUUUCUAUGCAUCCUUCUGUAUGCAUUCAUAUUCCCUAAGCUACCAAUUGUGAAACACUACCGCUCAAAGGCAGCUGCAGAAGGAUCAACAACUGUUGCAGCAGACUUAGCUGCUGCAGGCAUUGAAACUCAAUCAAUACAAAAAGCUGAUAAUGAUGCUAAACAAUCGGAACGUCUGAGUAACAAACAACUAUUUUUCCAGAACAUUGACUAUGAAUUGGACUUGUGCUUGAUUUAUGUUGCUACUUUAUCAAUUUUCCCCGGGUUCUUGUAUGAAAACACUGGUACCCACAAAUUGGGAUCAUGGUACGCUCUAGUUCUGAUAGCAAUGUACAAUGUUUGGGAUUUGAUAGGAAGAUACGUUCCUCUGAUUGAAAAAAUCAAGUUGAAAUCACGAAAGGGCCUGAUGAUCGCGACCCUCUCUCGUUUCUUACUAGUCCCUUGCUUCUACUUCACUGCAAAAUAUGGUGAUCAAGGCUGGAUGAUAUUCCUCGUAUCCUUCUUGGGACUUACAAAUGGUCAUCUCACUGUUUGUGUCAUGACAGCUGCACCUAAAGGAUACAAGGGGCCUGAGCAAAAUGCCUUGGGUAACUUGCUAGUGUUAUUCCUAUUAUGUGGAAUAUGUUCUGGUGUUGCUUUAGAUUGGUUGUGGAUUAUUGGUAAUGGAAAAUUCUGAGAUGCUAUGUGACAGGACAAUACCUAACAUUGCAUUUUACUUUAAGUGGGGACGAACAUAUGUAGUUCUGGCUUUACAAGUUGUAAUCAGAAAAUUGUCAAGUUAAAUUCAUUCAGAAGAGAAAAAAGA